CACACCAUGGAAAACCAGACCAUGGACUGGACACAGACAACAGAAUUUGACUAUGGUGAUUCAACCCCCUGCCCAGGAAUUGAGGAAAAGCACUUUGCAGCAAAACUGUUGCCACCACUUUAUUCUUUGGUGGUGAUAUUUGGCCUCACAGGCAACCUGCUCGUUGUCCUUAUCCUGGUAAAAUACAAGAGAUUGAAGAGCAUGACUGACAUCUACCUGCUCAACUUGGCAGUUUCUGAUUUGCUCUUUAUAUUUUCUCUCCCUUUUUGGGCUUAUUAUGCUGCUCAUGAUUGGAUUUUUGGGGAUGUGCUGUGUAAAAUGCUCUCAGGUAUCUACCUCCUUGGCUUCUACAGUGGGAUCUUUUUCAUCAUCCUGUUGACCCUAGACAGGUACCUGGCCAUCGUGCAUGCCGUGUUUGCUUUGAAAGCCAGGACAGUUACCUAUGGCAUCCUCACCAGUGUUGUCACCUGGGCUGUUGCUAUUUUUGCUUCUGUUCCUGGGAUAGUGUUUCAUAAAGCUCAGAAGGAACAUGCACAUUACACUUGCAGUGUUCAUUAUCCAUCAGAGCAGAGACAUGUUUGGAAGCAAUUCCUAACCUUAAAAAUGAACAUUGUGGGGCUUGUUAUUCCAAUGCUAAUUAUGAUCUGCAGCUACACACAAAUUAUAAAGACAUUACUGCAAUGUAGGAAUGAGAAGAAACAUAAAGCAGUCAGACUUAUUUUCAUCAUCAUGAUUGUCUACUUUUUUUUCUGGACACCAUACAACAUUUGCAUUCUCUUGCGUGAUUUUCAAGGUACAUUUUCCUUUGCUACUUGCAAAGGCAGUGGUCAGCUACACAAGGCAACCCAAGUGACAGAGACCAUCUCAAUGGUCCACUGUUGUAUUAACCCUGUGAUCUAUGCCUUUGUUGGAGAAAAGUUCAGGAAGUACCUCCAGAGGUUUUUCCGGAAGCAGAUUGCAGCCCACUGUUCCAAGUACUGCCCUGUGUUCUACACGGACACAGUUGAACGAGCCAGCUCCACCUACACACAAUCUACUGGAGAGCAGGAAGUUUCUGCUGCAUUGUAA